CAUGUUGAAACUCGCAGUUCUCGCAGUGCUUGUGGCCUGUGCCCAAGCUAGAAUCCUCGAUAAAUGCGAGUUUUACAGGGAGAUCCAAAAUUAUGGCAUCCCGUCCGACCAACUGGCCGUUUGGUCCUGCAUUGCCGAUCACGAAUCGCACUACGACACCAGUGCAGUGAACCACGACAGCGGUGACCACGGUAUUGUCCAGAUUAGCGAGUUGUACUGGUGCAGCACCGGUGGUUCCCCGGGAGGCGGCUGCAACAAACAGUGCUCCGAUUUUGAAAACGACGACAUCUCAGACGAUAUGUAUUGUGCCAGGGCCGUUUUUGAUGAGUGGCAGCGCCUCCAUGGCAACGGAUUCCUUGCCUGGACCACAUAUCAACCUUACUGUGCUGGGGAUGUCAGUCAGUAUUAUUGUUAAGAUAUAUUGAGAUGUUAAU